UUUUUUUUAUAAAAAAAAUAUGUUUUUAUUAUAAACAAAAACAACAUGAAUGCUAACAAAGGCUUGGAUUUAGACUCAUUGGGAAAUAUUUGUAAAUACCUAACGUUAGCAGAAAAAGUGGAGUUUAUUUUGGCAAAUGACGAACUAGAAAAAUGGAAGUGAAUUGUUACAUAAAAAAGAAAUAAUAGUGAGAGACAUGGAUCUAAGUGACAAGCAAUUCAGCAAGUUGAUAAGGGUUAAUAGUGAAAUUCUAAAAAAAAUAAAAUUAUCAGUGUUAGUGAGUCAGGAAAGAAUAAUUGAGGGUCCGGAUGCAAUAACCAGACGAGCGCUCGAAUACAAGAAAACGCUAUGUUUCGAUACCAUAUAGAACACGUCUUACGUACACAAGUCAUCCCGAACUAACGUGUGUUAUUGAUGGAAUGAAUAAUUUCGAAUACCAGGAUGAUCCAGUCUCUUCACCUGCUGUCAAUGAAGAUAGUUUUGAAGUUAUCAGUGAUGAUAGCAGUGAUACACCAGAUAAUAGUUACAAUGAAGAUUAUUAUAAAAAUAUAUUAAUGAAUGACGAGGAGAUUGAUCUUAGAAUCGAAUCUGUAGAGUUAAGCUUUGAAAAUUUGCAAGAAAUCAUGAACGAUGAUCCUCUAUACGAUAUCAGUGAUGAAGAAGAUAAUAUCGAUGAUACUGUCAUUGAUAAUUUAGAUUUAAACUCUAUAGAAUCUGGCUUUGUUUACUCAGGUUGCAAUAUGACAACUGACAAAGCGGUCCUUGAACUUAUGACAAUACAUCUUGAAAAAAAAUUUACGAAAUCAACAUUGAACUGCUUUAUAAAAUUAAUUCAGAAGCUUCUUCCUGAUUGCAAUCAAAUGCCUAAAACAAUCUACAAAUUAUUUGAGUACAUUAAGCAAAAAGCUCCUCCAGAAACACUAAUAAAACAUUAUUAUUGUGAACAAUGUCGAAAAUAUAAAGAAACUGAGAACCGAGCAUUAAUUUGCAGUGCAUGUGAAAAAACUGAAAGAACAAAGUUUUUUUAUGAACUUGAUAUUUCGAAUCAAAUCAAAUACUUAUUUGAACAUAGAAAUCUUUCAAGUAAACUUAUACCGUUCAAUGAUCCUCAAAACGAAAAUAUUAUCUCUGAUAUUAGAGAUGGGUCUGAAUAUAAAAGAGUGAAUUCACGACCUGAUCGGAAUCUUUAUGAUUUAACUUUAAUUUUAAACACUGAUGAUCUAUCUUUAGUGAAAAGCAGCAAAAGUAAUUGUUAGCCCCUGAUGUUCAGAAUCGGUGAGCUACCACCUCAUUUGAGGGAAAAUUUUAUUGUCGUAAUUGGUCUUUGGUAUGACUCCGAAAAAAAACCUCUGAUGAAUACUUUUCUUCGCCCUUUUUGCUCCUAGCUAGAAAAGUUAUACGUAGAUGGCGUGCAUUGGAUUAAUCCAGAAACACAGCAAGUUUGUAUUUCAAAAAUUGUAGCUCCUUUAUUUACUGCAGAUGCUCCAGCCAGAGCAGAUAUCCUAAAUAUGCAAAGUUUUAACGGUAAAUUUGGAUGCAAUAUUUGUAAAAUCAUGACUUCAAGAUGCGAAACAAUAAUUAAAGGGAAGCGCGCUGUACGCGUUUAUGCAUUUGCAGAAAAUUUGAGUAAACUACGAACUGACGCAAGCAUAAAAGCCCAAGCCAGUAAAGCUGACCAGGCUAUUCGGUUAUCUCAAAAUUCCCGAACAGCUCAUAUUAUGGGAAUAAAAGGAACUACCAUUAUAUCUACAAUACCAUCACUUCUGUUAUCAACCUGUACUACGCCUGAAUUCUUACAUUCUGUGCUACUUGGUGUGGGCAAGUAAAUUGGCAAUUGCUGGGCCAAUAAAAAAUGACCAUGGAACAUUGGACGUUUUCGUAACACUAUUGAAAGUUUCCUAAAAAAUAUUCAACCUCCAUCUUUUUUUCACAGAAUGCCAUGUAGUAUUUUCGAAAUUCACUUUUUUAAAGCUUGGGAAAUAUUAGUGUGGAUUCUAUAAUAAUCUCUUCCAUCUUGUGCCGACAAGUUACCUCAACCAUCUAUACAACAUUGGAUAUUAUUUGUUAAUGCUUUAUUUAUUUUAAUACAAGAAAAAAUAACGCAAGAAGAUAUACUUCGAGCAAAUAUUUAUUUUAAAUUAUUUGUGAGAGAUAUGAAAGAGUUAUACAAUGAUAGAGAGUACACAUAUAAUGUCCAUCAAUUACUACAUCUUGCAUUAUGCGUAGAACGUUGGGGUCCUUUACAUUUGGUAUCAGCUUUUCCUUUUGAAAACUACAAUGGAUUUUUAGCUCACUGCGUUCACGGUUCAAAACAUCAAGGGGAAAAAAUUAAGAAAAAUCUUAUCACUCAAGGUACACAAAUAUUGAGGAGUUGCUGUACUGAUUAUGAUAAAGAUAGAGUAGAGAAAAACCGUUUUAUAUUCCUUGGAAUACCACGGUUCGGCCGUGAAUUUAUUAAUGAAUAUGAACGUAUAAUACUCACAGAUCAUUUUCCAGAUCCUAAUGAUAUAAUGGUAUAUGGUCGGGCAAAGUUCCGAGGUCUCCCUCUUUCUUCUCAAUUUUACAGGAAGACAAAAACAAAAAAUUCAUUUAUAAAAAUUAAAUUUAAUAAUGCAAUGAUUUAUGCCUUGAUUCGAUUUUUUUUUUAAAUCGGGAACGAUGAAUAUUUUAUGUUUCAAUAUUUUACUAUUGACUCUGAAAAAAAAUUCAUUCAUACAGAAACAAAGAGAGAAGUCAAACAUAUAUUGCCUAUCCAAAUGAAAAAUAAAUAUUCACUUUUAAAAGGAACUGAUAUAUUUUCUAUAAAUGUUCUAAUUAAAGUUGGGGAUUACGUUUGCGAACAACCAAAUAACCAUAUGGCUGUAUUCUAAUAAAAAAAGAAAAUAUAUGUAUAUUUUAGUGUUAGGAUUUUUUCAAGACGGUCCUUCCCUAUCCC